AUGAAUAAUGCAAAUGAUGUUUAUUUACUACUUAAAUUAGCUGGGAUAGAUAAUAACUUUAAUAAUAAAGUUUUUGUACCUUUGAUUUCUGGUUAUUGCGUUUAUACAAAAUUGGUAGAAACAUAUUUUAGAUUAAAUUUAGAAUGGUGUGAUAAAGAAAAUACCAUUUUAUAUAGAUGGAACAAUUUUGCAAAUGAUUUUACUUUUACAAAUGUACAACAAUAUGAAGAAGAAACCGAUAAUAAACCAGAAUCAUCAAUUCAAAAACUUACUCAAAAAGGACAAUUAGGUUCUACCAUUCUU